CUAACCAGGCGCAAGUUGGCCAACUUGGACCGUUGGACUUGUAGUCUUGCGAUCGGUUUAGCUAUAAUUGGUUUGGUCUUUUCCGAAGCUAAGCUUCGUAACCGAACCCCAAAGCUUCGGAUAUCCUGUCUAUAAAUUCAUUCGUCAACCAAUAGAUAACUUUAAGCUCCGUGUAGCAGGCAGGCAAAGCAGAUAUUUUCCAUUUUCCAUCUGAGAUCACAAUUGAAAAAGGGAAGGAUGGCUUUAGUGUCUAGAGGAAGAUUUUCAGGAUUGAACCCAAACGCUCCAUUGUUUGUUCCUGCUUCGGUUCGUCAAUUGGAGGACUUCUCGCCUGAGUGGUGGAACUUGAUGAAUUCUUCGACGUGGUUUCAUGACUAUUGGCUCAGCCAGCAGGAGGGUGCGGAGUAUGACAACAACUACAAUGAUGUUGUUGGUUUGUUGCCCGAUAACAUUGAUCUCGACGUUGAUGAGGACAUCUUGAACAUGGAAGCUCAGUAUGAAGAGUUUCUCCAAUCAACUGCAAGUGAGAAGAAAUCUCUCAAUGAGUUCACUGUUAUGCCAGGGUCAGGUUUCCCAAACCAGGCAAUGCUAGAGAGUUUGAGCCUUCCAAAGGAGAGGGAGUUGAAAUCAUUUGUUGAGGCUCCAAAGUACUACGAGAAGCCGGCAAAGACUGUUAGCCCUAAAUGGAACAAUCGCGUCAUCCAUCAGCCUCGCUGAAUGUACUUUCGCUCUUUUGUAAUUUGAUGAUGGGGGUCACCCAAUCAUCUUUGAUACAUGUUGUUUCUUUUGCUUUGUAUAGAGCAAGGUAGGUUUUCUCUCAUGUAACUAGCCUUGUUCAUGUGUAAGCUCAGCUUUAACCAGAAACAGUGUUUAGCAUAAACCUGUUCUUCACAAAAAUGUAAAAAAAGAUUUGUAGUUGCAUUUCUUCUGGUAAAUGAAAGAAAAUGUUGACCAAUUGUUCCUCUGAAUCUUCUUGGCUGGAUUCAAGUCUACAGGCAGUGGUGUGCUAUUUGGAGUUUGGCUUGACAAAAAUCAAGUUUGAUACUCUAAUCCUAAUAUAUGUAAAAAGAACAUGUACAUAUUAAUGAGAUUAUGAGAUGCUUAUAUAUAUAUGACGAAGAUGAUGAAAUACGCAUAUGCU